UCUUUUCUCUCCUACGAGUUUAUCCCCCUGAUCAGGCCGAUAAAUUGUACCGCGAUAUUACGCUUCGUAUGAUUUUUGACAACUGACAAAAUUAAAUGAUUAUUUUUGAUGCGGUGCAAUAAUGUAAUUUAGAUGUUUAAUAAGAUAAAGCAGAGAUGCAAGACAUUUGUGAAAAUAUUCGUACUGCUAUUGAACAUGGACGUACUGAUAUUAUCAGAUCCAUUUUAGAAGCAUGUGAAAAUGGUUCUAUGGCUGAAGGAAUAACAAAAGACAAAAUAUUAAAUCAACCUCUCUUAGAAGAAGGAACUUUUUUAUCAUAUGCAUCCAAGACAAACCAAGCGGAUAUCGUAAGGACUUUGUUGAACUGCGGAGCAGAUCCAGCAAUACAAAAUGCAAAUGGACAUAAUGCUGUUGAUUUAGCAUCUACCGAUACAAUACGUCGUAUUUAUAUUGAAGAAUUGUUAAGAGCGACUGCUGCUUCUGAAAUAGACAAAGUAACACAAUUACUAGACGCAGGUAUACACAUCAAUUCCUGGGAUUCGCAAGGUAGUAAAAAUACUCCACUUCACUGGGCAGUUUGUUAUGGAAAUAAAGAUGUCAUUAACUGUUUGAUUGAUCGAGGUGCAGAUAUAAAUGCAGAGAAUGGAUGGGGUGCUACACCAUUGCACGAUGCAGUAAGUCGUGGUGAUUUAUCUAUAUGUCAUGAAUUAUUACAAGCUGGAGCGAAUCCUCUUAUAAGAGCUGUAAAAGGAACAUUUGCAGGAAAAACACCGUAUGAUCUUUCACGUGGAAAACAGAGUUUGCAUAGUCUUUUUCAAAAAUUUGUAUCCAAUUUUACAUCUACUGACAAUGAAUCUAUGCAUAGUCCAAUUGCAUUACAUUCGGAAGGAAAUUUUUGUCAAAAAAGUAUUUCGAGCAAUAUGAGCCAAUUAUCUAUUGAAUCCAAUAAAUCAUCUGAACCAGUAUACGAUAUACCAUUACAAGAAUCGGGAAAAGAUAGUCCUAACAAAAGUUCUACAGAAAAAGAAGGAAUUUAUAAUUUACUCUGGCCACGACCAAAAACUAUUUGCGAAUUAAAAAAUUUUUCACCUCCAUUUAUUAUCGGCAAAGAACUUUUUAUAUCCAUUAUACAGGGCAGCGAAUCCAUACACAGAAUAUUAGAUGUUUGGGAAGUUAGCAGAACGCAUUUACUGGAAUUAGGUCAUGAUGUAAAAAUAGGUGAAGUUCAACCAAGUUCUGGAAAAUUAUGUAGCGAGAACAAAAUAGAAUGUAUAGUGAAUAAGAAUUUGUUCAAUGUUUCUCAUGGUUAUCAAUUACACAUUUCUCAAAACUCGAUUAAAGUAUGCGCUGGAAGUUUACCUGGAUUGCAUUAUGCAGUAUGCACAUUUGUGCAAAUAUUGCGUUUAAGUAAAAAAGAUAGUACAUCUGAAACAUGUGAAAUAGAACCUGUUCUUAUAAAAGAUGAACCAAGAUUCAUACAUCGUGGAAUACUGUUGGAUAUUUCACCAAGAGGUCGCAUACCUUCAUUGGAAUAUUUAUUACACAUGGUUGACUUAUGGUCAUCAUUAAAAAUAUCUCAUUUACAUCUUUACUCUAGACUAACAUCAACUUGCGACUGGCAACUUUGUUAUACUAAAUCUGAAAUGGUUACGCUUGAUAGAUACUGCAGAGAUCGUCAUUUAGACUUAGUACCAACAUUGGACGUUGAUUCCAAUCUAGGACAACAUCAUCUCAUACAAAUGUGGCCUGUUUUUCAAGAAUUACUUGCAGUCUUUCCUAGUCUCAGUUAUGUACAUGUUGGACCAAGGUUGGCUAGUUUAUUAGUUCAGCCUGAAAACUUAGAUCAAAGUUCGUCUGUAAAUGAAACAAUAGAAACAGAUAUGUCGGAGGUUUAUAAAUCGUAUUCCUGCCUUCAGGAAUUAUGGCACAUGUUGAAUUUAAAUUCGAAUACAACUUUACUACUUUGUUCCAAUGGAUUACAUUCCAAAUUAGAAUUUAAUUACAUUCCUUCAAAUAUUAUUCUCGUUGAAUAUGGAUUUCAGGCAGAUUAUGAUUUUUCCGAAUGGACAGAAGCAUUUAGAAUAGCUGGAGGUAAUAUUCUGUCGAGUUCAGGAACAGCAAGUUACAAUAGCUUGGCAGGAUGUCCAGCAUCAACAUAUAUAAAUACAAAAAAUGCAAUCAAAACUGCACUCGAACAAGAUUCUAUUGGUAUAGUAGUUGCUCAUUGGUCUGGAAGUCAUCAUCUAACUCCUCAUCCAUUUGCUUGGAUUGGAUAUUUGAUAGCAGCAGGACUUUCGUGGAAUCCAAGUACAGAUAUAGAUAUAGGAAUUGAAGAUAAUUAUGAUGUGCCUGAAGUAUUUGGAUUAAUUAGGCAAAAGCAUAUUACAAAAUUACUAGAUAUCCACAUUUUUCAAGAUUCAGAAUAUAAAAUUGGAAGUGCAAUUUUAGAAUUAGGCAGAUUAGAUACAUUAGUAUUGACAUUAAGUAAAAAUCAAUCAGCUAAAGAUUUGCAGCAAAUACCGGACAAUCGUGGAUCUACAUUAUACAGAUUACUGACAGAUCCCGAUAAUGUUAAUUUAGAAAAUUUACCGGCUGAUCUAUUUGCUAAAAUGACGAAACAAAUCAAACGUAUCUCUCAUUCGUUGUACGAAGGAAAUUUAUCUUCUAAAUUUGCAUCCAUGGAAAUUCAGGAACUUCAAUUAACAGCUGAUUUGAUGCUGACUGCUUGUAGAAUUGGUAGAACAUUGAGCAUAGCUGGUAUUAAUCCUAAUAGUAACAUGGGUCUUGCUAUUAUCAAUUUAGGAGUAUAUAAUUUACCACCAACAUUUAGAACUGACAUAGCUAAUAAAAUGUUAGCACAUAUAGAACAGUAUAAAGGUUCUUGGUUACAAAGGCAUUUACCUCAAGGCCUUCAAAGCUCAUUAUUGGCAUUAACUAGUGCUUUACAAAGGUUUGUACCAGAAACAUAAUUUAUUAAAAAUUGAAAGAA